AUGAAGGACCGACUGGCGCAACUAAAGGAGAAGAGUGAUGCUGGAGGUGAUGACAUUGAGGUUCCCGUGGAGAGUGAGGCUUUCAUGGAUGAUUUCUUUGCUCAGAUCGAAGAUAUCCGUAUCAGCAUUGACAAGAUAGACGAGAGUGUCACAGAAAUCAAAAAACUCUACUCUACCAUCUUGUCGGCCCCCACAUCUGACCAGAAAACACAAGAUGACCUUGAAUCCCUCACCAAUGAGAUCAAGAAGUCGGCCAACAAUGCAAGAAACAAACUUAAGAGUAUUGAGCACCAGCUUGAGUCAAACACAGAUGACAGGGCCUCAGCUGACCUCAGGAUACGCAAGUCGCAGCAUGCUAUCCUGGCCAAGAAGUUUGUAGAGGUGAUGACCAAGUACAACGAGGCUCAAGUUGACUUCAGAGAUAAGAGCAAAGGACGAAUUGCCCGGCAGCUGGAGAUCACUGGAAAAGCCACAACUGAUGAAGAACUAGAAGAGAUGCUGGAAGGAGGUAACUCAGCUGUCUUCACUGCGGGGAUUAUGGACUCUAAAAUCAACCAGCAGGCCCUAAAUGAGAUUGAGGCUCGUCACAAAGACAUCAUGAGGCUGGAAAGCAGCAUCAAAGAGCUCCAUGACAUGUUUGUUGAUAUCGCCAUGCUUGUUGAGAACCAGGGUGGCAUGAUUGACAGGAUUGAGAGCAACAUGGACCAGUCAGUCGGCUUUGUAGAGAGGGCGGUGGCCGACACCAAGAAAGCAGCCAAAUUCCAGCAGGAAGCGCGCAGGAAACAAAUGAUGAUCUUCUGCUGCUGUGUGAUUUUGGCCAUCAUCUUCGGUUCAUUUGUCUACAGCUUCAUCAAAUAG